AUGGCUGAACCGGUUCAAUAUCAAACCUCCGAGGAUGGCCUUGUGGCAUACCUGACGCUGAACCGACCCGAACAUUACAAUGCGAUCGACUCUCAGAUGCCCCAGGCUAUCAGAGCCGCAGUCAAACGAGCCAACGCUGACCCGGCUGUUCACUGUAUCGUCUUGAGAGGUGCCGGCCAAGGUUUCUGCGGCGGCUAUGAUCUAGGAAUUUACGCUCAAAACGCCCAGAGAGGUCAAACAGACGGCAGCCAAGAUCUCACAACCGGCUACGACCCCGCCGUCCCGACCAUCGCGCAAGUUCACGGUGCCGCAGUGGCAGGAGGAAGCGAUAUUGCGUUAUCAUGCGACCUCGUCGUCAUGGCCGACAAUGCCCGCAUCGGUUAUCCCCCAUCGAGGGCCUGGGGGUGUCCGACGACGGCGAUGUGGGCUGUUCGACUCGGUCCGGAGAAGGCUAAAAGAAUGUUGUUUACGGGCGACCUCAUUAGCGGCAAGGAGGCGGAGGCUAUGGGAUUGGUGUUGAAGUCGGUUCCCGAAGCCGAGCUCGAGGAAACCGUGCGAGUAUUGGCGGACAGGAUCAAGACGGUGCCGAGAAACCAGAAUUGGAUGCACAAGCAGGUGAUUAACUCGUUUGUGGAGGGUUCUUUGAAUAAUGCGCAGAGAAUGGGCACGGUAUUUGACGGGAUCACGAGGAACUCUCCCGAGGGAAUCGAGUUCCAGAAAACUGCGGAAGAGAAGGGGUUCAAAGCGGCUAUCGCGAAGAGAGAUACUCCGGGGCGUACAGAGACAUAUCGCAGAGUCCGGAAAAGUGUUUUGUGA